AACAAGAAUUUACUAUGUCUAACUUACCAGAAGAAGGAAUAUCCGAAGGAAGUGAUUUUUUUCUGUGAGGUACCACCACCAGAAGGUGGACAGACGCCCAUGGUGCCAAGUUUUCGGGUUACAGAACGGAUGUUAGAAGAGUUUCCAGAAGCUGUGGAGGAAAUGGAGAAGGAAGGCCUGAAAUACACUUUGACGGCCUUCAGCAAGACUGAUAGAUCUUCUAUGAGAGGUCGAGGUUGGGAAGAUGCUUUUGGAACAUCAGACCACGAAGAAGCCGAGAGAAGGGCUAAGGCUGUAGGGAUGGACAUGGAAUGGCUACCGGAUGGUGGAGUGAAGACGAUCUUAGGGCCGCGAUCUCUGACCAAGGUGUUCGAUGGAAGAAAAGGGCGGAGAAUGUGGUUCAACAUGGUGGUUGGUAUGCAUGGGAAGGAGCUCAGCUCGGCCACGAUGGCCGAUGGAACUGAGAUACCAGAGGAAGUGGUGAAGAGAUGUGGAGAGAUAAUUGAAGAAGAGAGUAUCCAGUUUAAGUGGGAAAAGGGUGAUGUACUCUUCCUUGAUAACUUGGCUUUGCUCCAUGCUAGGAGGCCCUCUCUUCCUCCUAGAAAAGUCUUGGUUGCCAUAUGCAACUAGCUCGGAAUUGUUGGUCUUUUGCUUUGGAGUUGGCUUGUUUGAGAUUCACAAUAAUUUAAAGUGCAACUUCUGAAUAAAUAAAACAUAAUCUUAUUGUAAUAUUCUCAUAAUUGUAAAACUCUCUUCUACUGAAUUACCUUUUCCUCCAUAACACAUGUAGUACACGUUUGGAUGACAGUAAUCUUAAUU